AUGAGCUUUCCAUGUAAAUUUGUAGCCAGCUUCCUUCUGAUUUUCAAUGUUUCUUCCAAAGGUGCAGUCUCCGAAGAGAUUACGAAUGCCUUGGAAACCUGGGGUGCCUUGGGUCAGGACAUCAACUUGGACAUUCCUAGUUUUCAAAUGAGUGAUGAUAUUGACGAUAUAAAAUGGGAAAAAACUUCAGACAAGAAAAAGAUUGCACAAUUCAGAAAAGAGAAAGAGACUUUCAAGGAAAAAGAUACAUAUAAGCUAUUUAAAAAUGGAACUCUGAAAAUUAAGCAUCUGAAGACCGAUGAUCAGGAUAUCUACAAGGUAUCAAUAUAUGAUACAAAAGGAAAAAAUGUGUUGGAAAAAAUAUUUGAUUUGAAGAUUCAAGAGAGGGUCUCAAAACCAAAGAUCUCCUGGACUUGUAUCAACACAACCCUGACCUGUGAGGUAAUGAAUGGAACUGACCCCGAAUUAAACCUGUAUCAAGAUGGGAAACAUCUAAAACUUUCUCAGAGGGUCAUCACACACAAGUGGACCACCAGCCUGAGUGCAAAAUUCAAGUGCACAGCAGGGAACAAAGUCAGCAAGGAAUCCAGUGUCGAGCCUGUCAGCUGUCCAGAGAAAGGUCUGGACAUCUAUCUCAUCAUUGGCAUUUGUGGAGGAGGCAGCCUCUUGAUGGUCUUUGUGGCACUGCUCGUUUUCUACAUCACCAAAAGGAAAAAACAGAGGAGUCGGAGAAAUGAUGAGGAGCUGGAGACAAGAGCCCACAGAGUAGCUACUGAAGAAAGGGGCCGGAAGCCCCACCAAAUUCCAGCUUCAACCCCUCAGAAUCCAGCAGCUUCCCAACAUCCUCCUCCACCACCUGGUCAUCGUUCCCAGGCACCUAGUCAUCGUCCCCCGCCUCCUGGACACCGUGUUCAGCACCAGCCUCAGAAGAGGCCUCCUGCUCCGUCGGGCACACAAGUUCACCAGCAGAAAGGCCCGCCCCUCCCCAGACCUCGAGUUCAGCCAAAACCUCCCCAUGGGGCAGCAGAAAACUCAUUGUCCCCUUCCUCUAAUUAA